ACAUGUUUGAUACUUUAUCAAGCAGGACACAAACAGUACCCGGAACUCUCCGUUCAGACAGAAACCUCUUAUUGUUCUCUGUUUCGGGUUUUCAGAUUUGUUCAAAAGAUUUUGAUCUGUUGAAAAUUGAACAAAGGAGAUGAUAUGGGAAACAACAACGCAACUGCCAUUUUAUCAGAUCAAGAAGAGAGCUCAAAGCUUAAAAACAAUGGAAUACCUCCAUUGGCUUCUUCCGUAGAUACCACGCAAGAUCUGGUGUUUAUUGCUUGUGAAAGUAAAGAUGGAGAUGAAGAGAUAGAGAGCUCAAAGCUAGAAACCAAUGGAAUGUCUCCAUUGGACUCUGUUUCUUUAGAGACCGCGCAAGAUCAAGUGUUUCUUGAAGGUGAAGAAAAAGAUGGAGAUGAAGAGAAAGAGAGCUCAAACCUAGAAACCAAUGGAAUGUCUCCAUUGGAGUCUGUUCCCGUAGAGAUCACGCAAGAGCAAGUGUUUCUUGAGGGUGAAGAAAAAGAUGGAGAUCAAGAGAAGGAAAGUUUAAAGCUAGAAAUCAAUGGAAUGUCUCCAUUGGACUCAAUAUUAGUAGAGACCAGGCAAGAUCAGUUGUUUCUUGCGGGUGAAGAAAAAGAAGGAGAUCUAGAGAAAGAGAGCUCGACGCUAGAAACUAAUGGAAUGUCUCCGUUUGACUCUAUUCCCAUAGAGACCACGGAAGAUCAGUUCUUUCUUGCAGGUGAAGGAAACGAUGGAGAUGAAGAGAAAGAGAGUUUGUGUGAUGGUGUUGAAGAAACAGAACCACAUAGCAAGGAUUUAGUUGAUGAACCGAAAGUAAAACAUUUCGAAGAAGAGAUGGACCAUAGUGGCUUGGAGAGCUUGGUAAUGGAAACAUCUGAGAAGCUUCAAAAACAGACAUCAGUUGCGAAAGGUGUUGAAAAUUUGAGUGAAGCAAGAGAAGUGGAAGUGUUGUCUAUGAAUGGAACUCAAACUGUUGUGAGCAAAUUGAAUUCGACAGUGUCUGGUAAUGAAGAAAGGCUCUGUGUGAUUGAUGAGAUUGUGAAUGGAACUCAAACUGUUGUGAGCAAAUUGAAUUCGACAGUGUCUGGUAAUGAAGAAAGGCUCUGUGUGAUUGAUGAGAUUGUCUUUGAAUCUCCAAGAUGUUUUGCAACUGUUGAUACUGAUGAAAACAUGGUGAAUGAGUCUCGGGACGAAAUUGUUCAUUCAGAGGAAGUUGUAAAGCUUGAUCAAGAGACUGGAAUUGAACAGAGAAGAGGAAGGGAAGAGUUUCCUGAAAUCGAGCCACAGGAGAUUCUGAAUCUGGACUAUCGUAUUGUUCAUGAUGAAGAAGUUACAGACAAAGGAAAAGCCGAUAAGGCGAUCUCCAACUCUAAACCUUGUUCGCAAGAGUCAAAUGCAAAUCAAGACACUGGUCUUGGAGUUUAUAAAGAAGAGAAGGAGAAAAGAGAAGCGAGUCUAAGACGCAUGUAUCGAUGUAGAUCACUCCCAGUGAGCCAGAAUAGUAGAGUUAUUGGAGAUUCGCUUGUUCAACAUUUGGUUUCAGAGGUUGCGUUUCCUUCAAGAAACAAGAUGGGUUUAGAGAAAGCUAACACGUCUGCAGCUCUGCUUGUUCCUUGCGUAGGAAGCAACAAAACGCAAGAGACUAUUGAAGCGAUAAUUGAAAGCAGUAAAGAAGCUAGAUUUGAGAUGCCAGCUCCUAGCUUUGAUCAUGGCCUAAGAAUCGAAGAAAGACGCGAUGAAUCGGUAGAGAAUACUCCGGUACUCUGUGAGGACAAGACUGAGAUAUACGAGGCAACAAUCGAUGUGGAAGAGAAAACUGUGAUGCUGAAGAGAAGUGAGUCUGUGAAAUCAAGAGGCAGCGAGAUGUCUCUAGGGUCGUUGAAGAAACACAAUGAUAGCUUCAAAGAAACCAAGGGCUCAGAAGAUAACUUGGUGGACAAGAAAGCUUCACCUGAUUCUAUGAAAGGCAUAGUCAGAAAACGGAGUAAAUCUUCGCUCUUGGGAACAUGCCUUUGUUGCACCACCGCAAUGAAUUGAACUAAUUAUUUGUGAUUUGAUGGUUUUUGUCUAAUUAUUCUGAGAAAUUGGGAGGAAAUAAGUGAAAGUGUGGAUUGGGUUUUCUCUUUUCUGUAUACUUAAAUUGGGAUUUUCUGUUUGAGGGGUUUUUGAUAAAGUGUGGAAAUUUUUUUACUACCUGUAAUUUUAUUAUUAUUUUCUUACUAAAUAUUAUAUGGGCAUGGCUUUCUCACAGUCUCACUUUUCUU